CGAGAAAGUGCAAGCACAACUGGGUCGCGUUGAGGAAGAAACUAGACGUUUAGCUGAUAUACGAGAGGAGCUUGAAGGAUUUGUUGAUCCAAUGGGAAAAGAAGUUGCUUUUGUGCGCAAAAGGAUUGAUCAUGUCACUCGCGAACUGAAGCCCAUCGGACACACCUGCCAAAGAAAGGAAAAGGAAUACAAAGAAGCUUUGGAAGCGUUUAAUUUAAAAGUUAAGGAAAAAGCUCUGCUAAUGACAAAAUUAAUGGAGCUGGUGGAUGAAAGCGAAAAGCUGAGAAUGAAGCAAUUGGAGGAGUUAAGCAAGAGCUUAGAUUCACUAAAGUAAUUAUUAUAACUACAAUCCAUUAAUUUGAUAUUUGACCAGCUUAAUUUGUCUUAGUUCUAAUGUAAAGGAUGAUGUUCUCGCUUCCUUGUUAAAGAAAUAUUGUUGAUGUGGUUUAUAUUAUUAUGAUCUUUCUAUUUACAAACCAAUUUGGGAUUAAAAAGAAUAGAAAUACUAUUCGUA